CCGAUCUCUGUUAGCGCCCCUACAGUUCUACUCCUAAACCAUCUACGGAAUAUUGGGCAGUGAUCAACCAUCCUCUGAUCUCUGUGGUUCAAAGGAUACCAGAAAUAUCAGGAUGAAGAUUGUUGUAUUUUUACUGGCUUGUUCCAUUCUGGUCUGUUCUGUCUACUCCGUUGACAUGAGCGAUGAAGAGUACUUGGAUCCUGAUUACGAUUAUUCUGGACCAGUGGACAAGAGAACUAGGAAAUCUGUUGUAGAGCAACUGUCCUCUCUACUAAAGAAUAUGAAAACUGGAGAGUUUAAGGUUGACAAAAGGAAUAAGCAGGGCAUCCUUAGUUAUUUAUAUGAUAUGGCAAGGAAAGAAAAGAGGGUGGCAGGAGGAAUCCCCAGGCUCAGUACUUACCAGUAUCUCAGGGCGUUGGAGGAAGCUGCUGGUAGGGAGAACAGGAUUAACGAUUUGUCCUCUGGUUAUGAGAAAAGAGACAGAAUGCGGGGAGGAGCCUGGAAUUCUGGGAAAUAAAUGCAGACAAAUCGUUGGAGGAGGUGUACACUGUACAAUCAACCUUUAUGCAUCUACAAUUCUACAAUUCUCAUAUCAUUUAUCCUAUUCUCUAUAAACCAACAUGAUCUUAGCUUGUACCAGUCUAAGUUCAAGCUUCUUGCUUUGAAAUUGAAAUCUUACAUUUGCAUUGAGUUCAGUUUAAAUAAAGGCUUUCAAACUUA